CUAUAUUUUUAACAUUAUUUUAAAAAUGGAAAGUAAAAAAAAAAAAAAAAAGAACAGAAAGUGUAAGGAGAAGAGAAACUCUAAUUGAAUAGUUAAAACAAAGUCAGUGUUUGUAUACUUCCCCACUUACUAAUUGGGACUGGUGGUUAGAGGGAGAGAGAGAGAGAGAGAGAGAGAGAGAGAGGAGCUUGUAAUUUGAAUUUAGAAAGAGAGAGAUAUAUAAUAUCUUUAGAGAGAGGGAGGGGGAAAAAGGGACUAAUAGAGAUUGAAAACAAAAAAAAAAAAUUAUUGAGAGAAGCUCUCUGAUGGAAGCAUUUAGCUGAUCAGAGAGACACAAGCAAAGGCUUCAACCUUACUGCUUCACUGUCAUCAUAUACAAUACACACACAUUUUUAUAUGAACACAUAAAGAUUGAUAAAAAGAGAGAGAUAUAUCAGAAAGAGUUGAACUUUGGUUUGAAAUUUUAAAAAUUUGAUUAGAUAAUAGAGUGGGUAUGAACGGAAUGGGAAGGCAAGGACAGAGAUCUGGAGGAGGAGCAACAGCAGUGCAUCAUCAAAGACAAUAUUCAGAUAAUUUUUUAGAUACUUCUUCAAAUGGUAGAUGGCUUCAAUCUGCUGGACUUCAACAUCUUCAAAAUUCUUCUUCUUCUUCAAUCCCUCCUCUUCAGGACUAUAAUUUUUAUGGUGGUGGAGGAGGAGGGCAGGGGAUGAGAAUGUAUAGAAAUGCCCAGAGGAGUUUUAAUGGAGCAAAUGAGUUAUAUGGAGAACCUACAACGCCUCCUGUUAGUUCGAGACCAUCUAGCCAGAGGAAGAAUGGCGAAGACUCUCCAAAUGAGUUCAGUCCUGGGCUCUUGGAUCUACAUUCUUUUGAUACUGAGCUGUUACCUGAGAUGCCAGUUCCUAGCCUGUAUGAUAGUUCCUCUCUAUUUCAUCCUGUUCGUGGAAGAAGUUUUGAUGAUGCUGAACCUUAUAUUUCAAACAACAAGCAAACUGGCAGAGCUCCUGCGUUACCUGAUAACAACCUUCUCAAGAGCUUUGCUGCAGAAAAAGAGAAAGCCAGUUCUGUUGCUAAAAUCAAAGUUGUGGUGCGCAAGAGACCAUUAAAUAAAAAGGAGCUGGCAAAAAAUGAAGAAGAUAUAAUAGACACGCUUUCCAAUUCCCUAACAGUUCAUGAAACCAAGCUUAAGGUUGACCUAACAGAAUAUGUUGAGAAGCAUGAGUUUGUCUUCGAUGCAGUUCUGAAUGAGGAAGUCUCAAAUGAUGAGGUAUAUCGUGAGACGGUGGAGCCCAUAGUUCCCAUAAUUUUUCAACGCACAAAAGCAACCUGCUUUGCAUAUGGCCAAACAGGAAGUGGAAAAACCUAUACUAUGAAACCAUUACCCCUCAAGGCUUCACGGGAUAUCUUGAGGUUGAUGCAUCAUACGUACAGGAAUCAAGGGUUUCAGCUAUUUGUGAGCUUCUUUGAGAUAUAUGGCGGAAAAUUAUUUGAUCUUCUCAGUGAUCGGAAAAAACUUUGCAUGAGAGAGGAUGGUAAGCAGCAAGUUUGCAUUGUUGGUUUGCAAGAGUACAAAGUAUCAGAUGUGGAGACAAUUAAGGACCUCAUCGAGAAAGGAAAUGCUACUAGAAGUACUGGCACAACAGGCGCGAAUGAGGAAUCAUCCCGUUCACAUGCCAUACUUCAACUUGCUAUCAAGAGGUCUGUUGAUGGAAAUGAAUCAAAGCCUCCACGUUUAGUUGGCAAGCUCUCCUUUAUAGACCUUGCUGGAAGUGAACGCGGUGCAGAUACCACAGAUAAUGAUAAACAGACAAGAAUGGAAGGUGCAGAGAUCAACAAGAGUUUACUUGCAUUGAAGGAAUGCAUAAGGGCUCUUGACAAUGACAAGAGUCAUAUUCCUUUCAGAGGCAGUAAAUUGACUGAGGUUCUAAGGGAUUCUUUUGUUGGCAAUUCCCGAACUGUUAUGAUUUCCUGCAUUUCACCAAGCUCAGGAUCAUGUGAACAUACUCUUAACACCUUAAGAUAUGCUGACAGAGUGAAGAGCCUUUCAAAAGGGAACACUUCAAAGAAGGACAUAUUAUCUGCACCCUUAAACCUAAAGGAAUCAACUACUAUGCCCUUAUCAUCAGUUUUACCUACUUCGUCUAACAUUGAUGAGGACAUAACCGAUGCAUGGGCUGAGCAAGAUGAAAGAGAUGAUUUUGAUGCAUCUGAAGACUCCUAUGAACAAGAGAAACCAAUAUGGAAGGAGAAUGGGAAGGUUGAAUCAUUUAGUCUAUCUACUUCAGAGGAUAAACUAUGGAGACCCAAUGGUCAAACAAAAUGGAAGGAUCUAUCAAAAUCUGACCUUAAGAACUCGCAUUCAGAUGAUGAUUUGAGUGCUUUGCUACAGGAAGAAGAGGAUCUUGUAAAUGCUCAUAGAAAACAGGUGGAGGAUACUAUGAACAUUGUUAGAGAGGAGAUGAACCUGUUGGUUGAAGCAGACCAACCGGGAAAUCAGCUUGAUGAUUACAUUACUAGAUUGAAUGCCAUUCUCUCGCAGAAGGCUGCAGGGAUACUGCAACUACAAAAUCGUUUGGCACAUUUCCAAAAGAGAUUGAAGGAGCAUAAUGUUUUAAUAUCUUCUGGUGGCUACUAAUCUCAGGCAACUGGGGAUAUCACGAGUCAUAAUGAAUGGUACUACUUCUGUAGUGGGUUUCCAAGAUUGUUGGCCUAGAAAUGGAUUUGAUGCAUUGUUUGUUUGUGACACUUGUGGAUGCAGCAGUUUGCUGGAUGGUGUACUGGCUAUUAUAUGUAUCUCUCUUGUAUUCUUUAUUUGGUCUGAGAGGAUGGAGAUUUGAUUAAGGUCCCAUCUCUCUUCAUACUAUACUACUCUACUGGCCUCAUGCCUCAUUUGUCCUCAUUUUUCUUUGAACAAGUUAUAGGCAAGCUUUGAGUUACAUGCCAUCUGGCAUGCUUUUGUAAAGUUAUCCCAGCAGUACAAUUUCAUUCAUUAAUGGAAUACUUCCUUCUUUGUUUAA